AUGGGUGCUCUGCCCAAAAGGGUAACUCUACCUCAAAAGGUGGGGUAAUUGCUUGUCUGAGGGGUCUUUCUCAAGAGAUAGAAGUGAAUUGUAGAUUGUUGACUGUUUAAGCAGGUUUUGGCUGAGCCAUGUUUCCCCCAAUCUAGAAACUCCGCCCAAAUAGGCAGUUACUACGGGGCAUCUAAUAAACACGGUAACGUGACUUUCAGGCGGUUUGUAGUUUGGACCAGCCACACAGUUCUCUGUAGGAACUACAAUUACCAGGCGCCCUUUCCACCAACUCCCUUCCAACAGACAACUUCAGCCGAGGUCAAUACAAGCACAUCUUUGAUCAUCUUGAUGUUCAUCUAGUGUACAGAGCUGCACCAAAUACCAAAACAAGGUAAGUGACAUCUUUCCAUCUGGCUUUGAGUGUACUGAUGAGUAUACUGAUAAAUACUAGAUGACAACCAAGACUAUAACCUGCAAAAUCACCAUUUAGUAGGAUCGUCAAAAUGUCCUCAACACCUGUCAAGGUUAGCAGCCCUACUAACUCACGUCUGCAGAUAUUUAGUGCUAACCAGAGUAAGGCUCAUGCUGAGGAGGAGGUCGUAGCUGAUUUCUCACAAUCAAAACCUCCAUACGAGCCCAAGUCACCAUCCAACAUUUCGGAAGCUAGCGAGGAGAUCGGAACCGUCCCCGAGACUAAAUCAACCUCCCGCACUUUGGAGUUUAGCGAGGAGAUCAGAAACGGCAAAACCCAAUCCAUGUCCGUUGCAACUUCAGUUUGUGGCAGCGGCAUCAAUACCCCUUCUACACCCAUGCCAAGUUCCCCAAAGCCAGCAGGUAUUGAGACUCCAGUAGCCGCACAAGCCUCAAGCCCCCUUGCCAUCGACACACCAAAGGCCAGUCCAAUCCCACAAUCACCAGCCCCCAUCAAAGAGCCUAAGACCUUCCUUGCACUGGCUUGUGUCACCAAUUUCACUAAGACAGACACUGACAGUUUCUGUCAUACUGGCGAAACCUGUGUCGUUACAUUGAACACCGACAUGGAUCCCACUCAAGUUGGCCAAGCAAUCAGAGAAGCCCAAGACAAGGAACCAGGCAUUUUGGGUCAAGCCAGAGCCGUGUGGAACAAGAAUAUUGUGCUUUACGGAACGCAACUUACUGGCACCACUGAAUUGCGAGAGUCAAAUGUCAAGGAUGUUCUCACAGGACUUAUGAAGGCAGCUUUCGCCGAGGUACUUGUUGAUAUUUUCAUAUACCAUGAUGAGCGCACGGAGAAAAGUAUCAAUAACCGAUAG